UUAUUCAUUCAUCUCUACUAAACCUUAAUUAAUAUAUCCGCAGAACUGCACACAACGCAUUUUUGCAUCAAAGAAAAUUUUAGUUUGGUGGGCUGUGCAUCUCUGUAUCCACUGCUACAUUUCUUUAUUUAUUUCUUUAACUACUUCUAUCACAUGGCUUCAUAAAUCUCACUUACACCUCCCUCCCUCCCUCCCUCCCUCCCUCUCUCUCUCUCUCUCUCUCUCUAUAGGAGAGAUGUGGGAUCAUUGUGAGAAAUCAUGAGCUUCGAAAGUGUUCAGCUCCAUUUACGGUGGAGAAUUCUUGCACUUGGACUCUUACUUCUUGGAGUUCAAUCUUUUGGGCUCAGCACAGAUGGUGUUCUCUUGCUUUCUUUCAAGUACUCUAUCCUUAGCGACCCUCUCUCUGUGCUUCAAAGCUGGAACAACCGUGACCAGACUCCAUGUUCAUGGAAUGGAGUUACCUGUGGAUCUUCUGGAACAGACAAUACUUACUCUCGUGUCACCGGCUUAUCUCUCUCAAAUUGUCAGCUUCUUGGUUCCAUUCCAGCCAAUCUUGGCAUGAUUCAACACCUCCAAAACCUUGAUCUAUCCAACAAUUCUCUUAACGGGUCCUUGCCUUUUUCACUUCUCAAUGCAACCCAACUCCGGUUUCUUGAUCUGUCCAGUAAUAUGAUCUCUGGUUACUUACCAGAGACCAUAGGACGAUUACAGAAUCUUGAACUUCUUAACCUCUCUGACAAUGACUUAGCGGGGACUUUACCUGCCAACCUCACUGCUCUCCAUAAUCUAACUUUUGUUUCUUUAAAGAACAAUAAUUUCACUGGUAAUCUUCCUAGUGGAUUUCAAACCGUUCAGGUUUUAGAUCUCUCUUCAAAUCUUCUCAAUGGGUCUCUACCUCGUGAUUUUGGUGGUAACAAUCUUCGCUACUUGAACAUCUCUUACAACAAGCUUUCUGGUCCACUUCCACAAGAGUUUGCUAAUGAAAUCCCAUCUAACUCUACCAUUGAUCUGUCAUUCAACAAUCUGACAGGAGAAAUCCCGGAAUCUAGUCUUUUCUUAAAUCAACAAACCAGUGCUUUAGCCGGAAAUCCUGAUCUUUGCGGCCAGCCAACAAGAACUCCGUGUGCAAUUCCUUCGUCAGUAACUACACUUCCAAAUAUAUCUGCACCUGCAUCACCUUCUGCAAUUGCUGCAAUUCCAAAAAUUAUAGACUCCAGUCCUGCAACAACUCCUCCAGGUGAUACAGCAACAGGGUCUGGACAAGAUGAAGGUGGGCUUAGGCCAGGAACCAUUAUAGGCAUCGUAAUUGGUGACGUUGCUGGAGUUGCUAUUCUUGGUAUGGUUUUCUUCUACGUAUACCACUAUUUAAAGAAAAGACGGAACGUUGAAGCAAAUAUCAAGAAGGAAGCCACCACUGCAAAGGAUAGUUGGUCACCUUCAUCUUCAGAGUCAAGAGGGUUCACAAGAUGGGCAUGUUUACGCAAAAGAGGAGAAAAUGAAGAGGAUUCUGAGUCUACAAGCACGGGCAACGAAGCAGACAUUCUUGAUCAAAGUCAAAGGAAGACAGGCUAUCAUGAGCAAAACAGAGAAGGGACAUUGGUGACUGUAGAUGGUGAAAAGGAGCUUGAGAUUGAAACUCUACUUAAAGCAUCAGCUUACAUAUUAGGUGCUACUGGUUCUAGUAUAAUGUACAAGGCAGUUCUUGAAGAUGGGACCUCAUUCGCAGUUCGAAGAAUCGGUGAAAACCAUGUAGAGAGGUUCAGAGAUUUCGAGAACCAAGUCCGUGCCAUAGCCAAGUUGGUUCAUCCAAAUCUUGUUCGAAUUCGUGGAUUCUACUGGGGCGUUGAUGAGAAGCUCAUUAUCUACGAUUUCGUCCCCAAUGGUUGCCUUGCCAAUGCUCGUUACAGGAAAGCAGGCUCGUCACCAUGUCAUCUACCAUGGGAAUCCCGGCUAAGGAUUGCUAAAGGAGUGGCCCGUGGGCUGUCGUUUCUCCACGAUAAGAAGCAUGUGCAUGGAAAUCUGAAGCCUAGUAAUAUACUCUUGGGUUCUGACAUGGAGCCUCGGAUCGGAGACUUUGGGCUCGAAAGGCUUGUGACCGGCGAUACAAGCUCUAAAGCUGGAGAAUCGGCUCGAAAUUUUGGGAGCAAGAGGUCGACUGCAUCGCGCGAUAGCUUUCAAGAUUUUGGAACGGGUCCUAGCCCAAGCCCGAGUCCAAGCUCGAUCGGAGGUCUAUCGCCUUAUCAUGCUCCGGAGUCGCUCCGGAGCCUCAAGCCCAGUCCGAAGUGGGACGUGUACUCCUUCGGGGUGAUCUUGCUUGAGCUGCUGACAGGGAAGGCUGUGGUUGUUGAUGAGUUGGGCCAGGGAAGUAAUGGGCUUGUAGUUGAAGACAAGAACCGGGCUUUGAGGAUGGCUGAUGUGGCGAUUCGAGCAGACGUGGAGGGGAAAGAGGAUGCCUUGUUGGCUUGCUUCAAGCUAGGGUAUAGCUGUGCUUCUCCUCUGCCGCAGAAGAGGCCGACGAUGAAAGAAGCCUUACAAGUGAUUGAAAAAUUCCCCUCUUCUUCUGCAUCAUAUCCUUAUGGUCAAUGAUGAUUAAUAAUAAUAAUAAAAAAAAAACGGAGCACAUUGUAAAGAGAUGUAUCUAUCGUUGACUUACAGGACGUUUGUUUGUCUCAGGGUGUUGAGUUGUCUUUGGGUGAGAUUAUAUAUUAUUAAUUCGUAGAUCUAUAUUUGUGAAGCUAGUUUUCACAUUUUUUUGA